ACUGGCCCACGGAAUUGAGUGGAAGAGACAUGUCAAUUAUCUUUCCAGCUGUCAUGACAGCGAUUAGUAAAACGAUUAUUUUGAUUAGCAGUGUGCUCAUUAUUCAGGAAAAACUCCGCAAUUAUGAAGUAAAAUGUGUAGUAAUUAAUUAAUACGCAAUCAUGCAUCAGCGGAGAAGAGUAAAUUGUGAGAGAGACUACACGUAGGACAUGCAUUGAAACUUUCUUUAGUUUGUAAUUUAAGUAUCAUUUUUUUGUGUUGUACUUAUGACCAUCAACAAUUGUAAUUGGAGGGAUUUAUUUACGAACGGUAAACAAACCAGCAUGGCUUUUGAAAAAGCGACCAGAAAAUGGGAGAUAUUUCAGGGCCGAAACAGAUUUUAUUGCAGCGGGCGACUGAUGACUGCCCCAAACGCAGGGGUGUUCUUUUUGACGGUAUUUCUCAUAACAGGCACUUGCGCUUUGUUUUUUAUAUUUGAUUGCAAAUACUUGGCCGAGAAUGUUACAAUAGCAAUUCCAAUCAUCGGCACAGUAUUGUUUUUAUUCACAAUGUCUUCUUUGCUGAGAACAAGCCUUUCGGAUCCUGGAAUUAUACCAAGAGCAACAUCGGAGGAAGCGGCAUACGUUGAAAAACAGAUAGAAGUGACAAAUUCUGCGAACAGUCCAACAUAUAGGCCUCCGCCCCGAACGAAAGAAGUUCUCGUCAAAGGGCAAACAAUUAAACUAAAGUACUGCUUUACUUGCAAAUUGUUUCGCCCACCUCGAGCAUCACAUUGCAGUAUUUGUGAUAACUGUGUAGAUCGAUUUGAUCAUCACUGUCCUUGGGUUGGUAACUGUGUUGGCCGAAGGAAUUAUAGGUUUUUCUACAUGUUUAUAGUAUCCCUGGCAUUUCUUGCUGUGUUUAUAUUUGCCUGUGCUGUAGCCCACUUGAUAUUAAUAACCAGAGAAGAUAGGCAGUUUUUAGAUGCUGUCAAAGAGUCUCCACCCAGCGUUAUAGUGGCAGUAAUAUGUUUUUUUAGCGUUUGGAGCAUAAUAGGAUUAGCUGGAUUUCACACAUACCUCACAACAAGCAAUCAAACAACUAAUGAGGAUAUUAAAGGCUCAUUUACAGGUAAACGUGGCCAGGAAAGCUUCAAUCCCUACUCAAGAGGAAAUGUUUGUUUGAAUUGUUUUCAUAUACUUUGUGGUCCUGUUACUCCAUCACUUAUCGAUAGAAGAGGUGUUGUAACAGAUUCAUAUAGGUCUGAAAUAACGCAUCCAAUAAUUUCUGAGCCAGCAGUGCCCUUAAAAACUUAUGGGAUGAAUAGUCAGAAUGGCGCGAAUCACAUCAUUACAAACGCGAGUGAGACGCCCGGCAUCUAUCGUCAGACUACAGAAGCAACAGAUAGCAACGCGGGCAGCGUAACUCAACUAAUGACCAACGAACAGCCAAUAGCAGUCGGCCCCGCGCUUCAGCGUCCGCCUGAGGACUCUCUUGGACACUACAAGUCCCAGCCAAGUCUCAACCACUCCCCUUUGUAUAACAACGUCACACCGUCGGCUCAAACUAUGAGCCGGUCUCAUAGUUACGCGAAUGAUAUCAAUUCGAUGGGCGAGAAAACAGAUGACGCAAAAAUAGACAUAGAAGACUUGCAGUUAGAUCCUGUGGUAGUCCGGGAAACCCAUAUUUUGGCAACAAUCAAUGACCGAUCUAAAUAUCGCGAGUUGAAGUUGGACAAUGAUCUCACUGCCAGCGAGAAAGAGAACAGUCUGUUGAGCGCGAGUCGGUUGCGAUUACUCCAGGACACCACAAUGAUCGAAAGUGCUUUGGAUUUAGAUUCUCUCGAGGAUUCCAGUUUGGGUACCGGUAGUCACGCGGGGCUGAUGAAAGUAGUUGUGUAGUCAUUCUUUUAUAUAUAUUUUUUUUUUGGAAAAAUUGCAAGGGUUAUUGCCAGGUAUAUGAUGUUAUUCCACAUCUACAAUGCAGUUACUUUUUAUGGUUUGGUACUAAAGAAGACAGCCAGCUCCCAAGUGCCCAAUGAUGACAUUAUAUACACAGUUUUUAUGCCAAUGACCGGCAUAUUCCGUCUAUGAAAUGAGGGCCCAGUGUUUAUUAUAAAAAGUAAUAUUUAUUUUUUUACAUUGUAGUUUACCAAUUAGACAAUUUUUGCCAUUGCGCACUUUAUACACAGGGUUAUUACGGGACACUCUACAAAGACGAAAACGUGUUCAAGAACCUAUUGAUUUGUUACAAUUGCACUACUGGAAGCUAUAUCCGCAGAAUCUGAUUGUGAUAAGUGUGUAAAGUGAAGAAAACGAAAUAUAUCAAAUGAGUGUAGCAACCUUGUUAUUUAGGCAAUGCACUUGAAUAUCAAAAAAAUGUAUUGCUGCAAUGAUUUCCAUAAUCAUAAAAAAUUUACGGGGCCAUCUGGUAAUUGCGCAUCUGAAUUCAUUAAUAUCAGGUUCAGUUAAAUGGGUACAUCACUGAUUAACAGAUUUUUAAAUACUCAAGGUAAGUACUGCUUGUCGCCUGCCAUUUAAUACAUCACACAAAUCUAAAAUAUUAAAAUUAUAAAGUUUAAUGAAAAAUGUGAAAAUGUUGCCAACUCUACUAUUAUUGCAAGGUUUUUUUUUUUUUGAUAAAGUUUAAAAACUUUAAACUAAGUUUAAAGUUUUACUGGAGUACAAAUCGAUAUACAACAAACAAGGCUGCCAUAUUUUCAAAAAAAUUAUAUCGGCCAAAUAUUUUUUAAAACCCUUAUUCAAAAUAAAUUAUAUAUGAACUUUUUAUAAAAUGCUUCGAGAUAUCUCCCAUAAAUAGUGUGUCUACUUUAGAGAUACUAUGAGAAAUCGUUUUUAUUUAACAAUUCAGGAAUUUAAAAAUCAUAAAAUUCAUGUGAAGUAAUUUAGCCCUUGGUCUAUUUAGUUUUGUAUAUCUUCGUGCAAUGAUUUAUUAUGCAGUCACCAUAAAGUACAGCGAAAAAAGCAACGUGCAAAUGAAUUUUCCAUGUUAAGGCAUUUUGUGGCAAAAUAUUUUGUUGCUAUGCUCGCUUAAUCAAACUUAACACUUUUCACACCUCUUUUAAUCAACUUGUAAUCAUAGGUGCGCACAUUUUGCUCUCCGGAUCAGUAUUUAACAAUGCCGAAUUUUGCUUAACUUCUUUUUAACGAUAUUUUCGAUUACCCUAACUCUUUGAGACUGAACAAACUCUACGUCACAAUCUUUGUAGAUCGAAGUUUAAAAUUUAAGGCCAGAUCGAUAUUUUAUUUCAGGAAAUUAUAUAUUCUAAGCUGUUUGUACAUACGUGUUUAUAUAAUGCUGCUACUUAGGAGGGACAGUGGACUUGUAAAUAAUUGCUGUAAGUAAAUAAAAUGACAAUAUUUUUUGCAUGUUUUGCCAUAUGUAGUCAGAAUAUAUUGUAUACAUAUAGUUGUAGGAAAUAUAUUUUUACAAAUUUAAUGUACUAUCCAGAUUUUUCAGAAUAGUGAGCGAGUUU